CACGGGCCCUUCUCUUGCAGUGGAACCUGGUGUGCGAGGACGACUGGAAAGCCCCGCUGACCACCUCCCUCUUCUUCGUGGGGGUCCUCAUCGGCUCCUUCGUCUCGGGGGCGCUUUGCAAAAGGUUCGGCAGGAAGAGUAUCCUUUUUUCGACGAUGGCCGUGCAGACCGGCUUCAGCUUCCUGCAGAUCUUCUCUACCAGCUGGGAGAUGUUCACAGUGCUCUUCCUCAUCGUGGGGAUGGGACAGAUCUCGAACUACGUGGUGGCCUUCAUACUAGGAACAGAAAUUCUUGGCAAAUCAGUGCGUAUUAUAUUCUCUACGUUAGGAGUUUGCAUAUUUUUUGCAAUUGGCUACAUGUUGCUGCCAGUGUUUGCUUACUUCAUCAGAGACUGGCGGAUGCUGCUGCUGGCGCUUACUGUCCCGGGGCUAUUCUGCAUCCCGCUCUGGUGGAUCAUUCCUGAAUCCCCUCGGUGGCUGAUCUCCCAGGGAAGAUAUAAGGAGGCAGAAGUUAUUAUCCGAAAGGCUGCAAAAAUAAAUGGCGUUCCAGCCCCAGCUGUGCUUUUCGACACCGCGGAGAUGCAGGAUUCGAAGCCUCAGCAGCAGCAGAAGGCUAUCCUUCUGGACCUAUUUCGAACCCGAAACAUUGCAACUAUUACUAUUAUGUCAUUACUUUUGUGGUUUUUCACAUCAGUUGGCUACUUUGGCCUGUCCCUCAGCACUCCAAACUGGCAUGGAAAUGCCUACAUCAACUGUUUCCUCUCGGCUGUUAUUGAAGUUCCAGCUUACGUGAUCGCCUGGCUUCUCCUCCGCUCCCUCCCUCGGCGCUACUCCUUAUCCAGCACCUUGUUUUUAGGGGGAGGUGUUGUCCUCCUCAUUCAGCUGGUUCCUGCAGAUUUUAAUGUCCUGUCCGUUGGCCUGGUGAUGCUUGGGAAAUUUGGCAUCACAGCUGCGUUUUCAAUGCUUUACGUCUACAGCGUGGAGCUAUACCCAACACUAGUGCGAAACAUGGCAGUCGGAGCUACUUCCACGGCAUCCAGGCUGGGCAGCAUCGUUGCUCCUUACUUUGUUUACCUGGGUGCUUAUGACCGAUUCCUACCGUAUAUCCUGAUGGGAAGCCUGACUGUGCUGAUCGGGAUCCUUACCCUGUUUCUCCCGGAGAGCUACGGCAAUCCCCUGCCUGAGAGCUUUGAGGAAAUGCUGAAGGUGAAAUGUUUCAGAAACGGGCAACAAACCACUGGCAUUAGGAAUUCAAAGGAGAGUCCUAAAAUUCUGGUAACGCCCUUGUGA